AUGUCAUUCUACAGACCAUACACCAGUCACUAUAAUUACAGACCGUACUACGGUACAAGUGGUUACUAUUGUGACAUGUAUUAUGACAGUGGAUUUUAUAGUGAUGAUUUCUUGGAUUUUUUAGAUCGGCGACGAAUCUCGUACCAGGGAGAGUUCUCGACCAGUCAGGUGGCAGAUAUGAGAAGAGAGACAAUGGUGCUGAAUAGACCUUCCACAACACCAACGAAUAUGCCUGUGAUAUAUGACGACAUGAAUGACGAUGAUGAUGAUGAUUUUCUGCCUGUGUCGUCAAAAACAUUUGUGAAACAGGACACUCAGGAGAAAUCAGAUGUAACAUGGGAUGAUUUGUACAAUUUUGAUGCAGACGACAAUGAGCAGGAUAAGACUCAGAUCAUUUACUACCCGCCGUCGGAGAGUGACGGCUCAGACACACUACCAAGUUCUUACCAGGUGUUUGAUGCAGGAUUGAGUGUAGACCGUCCCCCAAGACAGCUGAAACAUUCAAUAUCAAUGAACAGUAACCCAGAUGCUGAUUCUGAGUCAACUGAUCCGGUAUCUCUGGAGGACGUUGAAGAUGAGGAUGAUUCCAUGCCAGGUACACCAAUGGAUGACGUCCCGAAAUCACAGAACAGAGAGAAAUUCUUGAAAGACACUUUUGAGAACCUGAGUUUCACACCUGGAUUACCGACAGAUAAGUUUGUGAAGGGACUGGAUACAUUAGAAGAAGAGAUGGCAACUAACCAGGCAACAGGGGCCAUUAAUUCUCGUCAGAGUCUGUCAGCAAGAUUCCUGUCUAAAUCACAGGCAGCCAAUUUAAGGAAUAUGGGACCAUAUGGCAACAUACAGAGACAGGAUAACUGGUUCGAUUCUGUACAGAGAAGGAAGGAUGAUAUGGCAAGAAACCUGGAUGAGAGCAGGAAAAUGCUCAUGGCUAUGGGUUGGAAGCAGGAGAGCCCAGAGACAGAUGGAGAUGACCCAUUCUCUGAACCCCACACCUCUCCCACUUCCCCACAGCUUGACAGCACUCCUACUCUCAUUCAGGGUGAACAUUCAGGGAGUGAUGAUAAUUCACCAACAAACCUGGCGUUACAUCUGAGAGAGCAGCCAGACCCCCCACCGAGCCCUAGAACACCUAAAACUCUGCGCCGCUGCUGGUCUAACUUUGACUUGCCAAAGAGUCCAAUUCCUGAAGGAAAACCGAUUAAAUUGUCAACUCCGAAAACUCUGGAACGAUCCGUGAGCUCUUCAAACUUUUCAUCAUCAAAGUCAAGUGGCCAUCAGCAGACUCCUACCUCAAGGAAAUCUCUCUCCUCUACAGCCCGCCCACGAACAUUGCCACUUGACAAAUCAGGUGGAAGGGUAACACCCACUGAUAAAUCAGCUAGUAAGACUCAGGGUAGAGUCAGAAAGGACACGCCUACUGCACCACAACCAUCUGGUAAACUGUCCGAGUACAAGAAGAAUUCAAGGCUUUCAACUCCUAACCUGAGUAAAGUACAAGUUGUUUCCCCUGAGCCCAGACGAAUGUCUGCAGGCAGUAAUCUCUCAAAAUCAAAAUCAAAUUCCAUGAAUAAUUUAUUAGCUGAUGACGAAGAGCAAGAGUUGACCCCUCGCGGAACAAACAGAAGACCUCGUUCAAAGUGGUCAACUUCGAAAAUGACAUCUUUUGCAUCAGUGCCAAAUUUAUUAAAUCCUGAUGAUGAUGGUAAAAUAUCUUUAAGUAGUUCACAGGACUCGGAUCUUUCUGAUAGAAGUAAACAAGACAUAAAUGAUAAUGUCAUAAAUGAAAGAAAAGGCGGCAAACGUGUUGGAGCAAAAAGUCCACAAGUAGGUGAUACAACGUUAAAAAGUACGAAGCGAGCAGCCUCCACUGGAAGGCUGUCUGGUGAACUAAAAAGUAAUACAGAUGAAAAGAAGGGAUUGAAUAAGAGAGUGGCAUCCAGUGUGACAAAUCUCAAGACUGUAGGUAACCAAAAAAGUAAAGAUCGUGAUUUAAUGCCACCCCCUGCUGUUCCAAAUGUUGCAAAAACUAAACAGGAGACGAGAUUUAUGAAACGUGCACAGCAACAAAGGAGGAAAACAACAGGAACUGCUGAACUUACUUUUGAAGAAGCAAAAAAUAUUCUCAAAGGUAAUUCAGGAAUUUUAAAUGGUAAAAAAGAAAAAGAAAAACGCUCUUCAUCUACAUCACCAUCUAGAAACAGAUCCAGUCUUUCAUCUGUAGAAUCAGGGUUAACAAGUAGUGAUAUAGGUGAAAUAACUGAUCCAGCAUUAUUUAAUGCUGCUACAGAGAUUGAAAUGACUGCGGCAGAAAUUCGCCGGAAAUCUACUCCAUCUUCAAGCAUGCAUUCUGGUCUUGAGGCAAGUCCUCAGGAUCUGCCUGAGCGAGACAUUCCACCAGAACGUGAUACCUCUAGAGCCCAGGCUAAGACAUCGAGUAGUGCUAAAAUUAUAAGUGUGAAACCUCAUCCUCUGAAAGUUACAGACAUGGAUAUUAGUGGUGGAAGUAAAAACUCACCGAGAGAUUCUGGGUUGUUUACCGAGGAGGACGAGGAAUGUCCGUCACCAAGUGUGAAAGAAAGAAUUGCGAGACUGAAUAAACAUGUGGAUGAACCUGUUAGGAAACAAACUCACAGCCCCUACAGGGGUCAGCAUCGCUCUGAAAGCCCAGAUAUGGAAGGUUCACGUCAAACAUCGUCAAUUCAGAUAAAUUUUUCAAGUCCAUCAACAGUGUCCAGUAGUUCUUCCUGGUCAGGUCCUGCACUAGAUGCUUCUGAAACUGCCAGUUCAGAUACCAUGACUGCAUCAAGUCAUGUAACUCCCCAACGGCUCUCAUCCUCUGACCAUACUGAAUCAUUCCAUUCAGUUUCCCAGCCCCUCAGGGACCAUAUGCUUCAACAUCAUCAACUGGAAGGGACCAGUCAUUUGUCAGGAGGGUCCAUGAUGUCCACCUCAGCCCAAAGUCUCAGUCCACCCUCCGGAUUGACAUCUAGCCUUGACUCGGAGGGUCUGUCUCACCAUCUGUCUCCUGGUAACCAUAGCAACACAAGUCCUCAUAGUGUUGCUGACACUGGACUUGGAUCCGACACUGACCUUGAAAAUAGUCAUACAUUUAGAAGAGAUCAACUCCUGGCACAAGCUGACCCACAUUCCAUAGUAUUAGAAUCUUUGGACCAAAUACAGUCGGCAGUAUAUAAGAUGACACAGACUUUCCCGAAGCUACAAGACCGAGAGGAUGUCAGAGCUGCUGAAGUAAGAAAACAAUGUCGAGAGAGAUUGCCAGCCAUGAUAGAAACUCUCUGUAAUACCAUUGGUCUGUCUCCACCUGGCAACCAUGACAAUGAAGUGUCUGUCUCUAGACAAGCUAUAGAUAGCCUUUACGAGCAAAGAGAAGCUCUGAAUAACCUUUACCAGCAGAUAACUGAUAUACACAAAUAUGUCAAUCCUUCUUGAACAGUUAAUUUUUACAAAUAUGAUAAGCUUUAAAUACUUUAGGAAAAUUAUAAUGUAGUCUUGCUAAAAAAUUGCCGGGAUAAAAUAAUUGAUAGUAUAUGCUGCUCAAACCAAUUUUGACCUCAUUUAGUAGAGAAGUGCCGCAAACAUUGUUCAAGGACCAUGGAAUCGUACCUCCAUACAUGUUAUUUUAAUUUCCAUGGUACUUGUAAUAAUGGGAAGAAGAAAAUAUAAAGCAAAGGAUAUGAAAUUGAGAUUGUGGCAGAUACAUUUCUGUGAUAUGUUAACAUGGUAUAGGACACAAAAACUAAGCAUUGAUGUUAAGACUAAUGCAGCAUGUUUAGUGCCUUUAUAGAAGUAUAUGGACAAAUUAAAAAUUAGCUUAUGCUACAUUCAUACCCAAAUUGAACUUUAAAAAAUGGUCUUUUGUUCCUUAAAAACAAGAUGUUUUCCAAAUUUGAAGAAAGAAGUAUUGAUGUAUUGCAUGUCAUGGAUACCUUGCUAUAAAGUGGCAGUUUUUAAUGUUAAUUUCUUGCCUUGUUUUGUCAUUGUCUCAUAGAUAUAUGAAAUAGCUAGCAUAUCAAGAUUUAAAACAUAUCAACUAUAAGUAUUCUCUUUGUGUAAUACACAUAUUAUCUAUGUUGGUUGUCUCAAUCUGUAGCCAUGAUUUACAUUUCAUUAUGGUCAUGUCUUUACAUAAACAUUAACGCAUUUGUUUUUUCAUUUUCAAAAUGAAAAAAAAUGUAACCAUGAUAUUCUCUUUGGUUUGAUUUUCGUCCCUUUUUUUGAAAACACAAUAUAUGACUUCUUAGAUAUGUCAACCAUGUAUUUCAUCAUGCAAAAUUAGGUAAUAUUUGAUGUCUUCCGCUUAUUUAACUUAACAUUCCAAAGAAAGUGUGAAGUUUUUCAGAUGAUUUUAGUCCCCUACUGGUUGAAAACCAGUUUCGGGGACUAUAUGAAUGCGCUUUUCCGUUGUUCUGUCAUUCCGUCAUUCCAUUGUCCGCAAUUUCGUGUCCAGUCCAUAACUCUGUCAUCCAUGAAGGGAUUUUAAUAUUACUUGGCACAAAUGUUCCCCAUGGUGAGACUAUGUGUCAUGCACAAAACUUGGACCCCUAGCUCAAAGGUCAAGGUCACAAUUGGAGGUCAAAGAUCAACAGGGCUUUUUUUCCUGUCCGGUCCAUAACUCUCCCAUCCGUGAAGGGAUUUUAGUAUCACUUGGCACAAAUGUACCUCGUAAUAAGAUGAUAUGUUGUGCUUAACUUUGAGACCACUAGCUCAAAGGUCAAGGUCACACUUAGCAGUCAAAUGUUAACAUGGCAUGAACUGGGUCUGUUUUGUGUUUGGUCCAUAAUUCUGUCAUUCAUAAAGGGAUUUUAAUAUCACUUGGCACAAAUGUUCCCCAUGAUGAGACGGCGUGUUGUUUGUGAAUUUCGGGCUCCUUUCUCAAGGGUCAAGGUCACAAUUGGGGGUCAAAGGUCAACAGGGCUUUCUUCCUGUUAGGUCCAUAACUCUGCCGUCCAUGAAGGGAUUUUGAUAUUACUUGGCACAAAUGUUUCCCAUGAUGAGACGACGUCAUGCGCAAGAACCAGGUCCCUUGGUCUAAGGUCAAAGGUCAAACUCAAGAAUGACUUUGUUCGGAGCAUUUCUUCUUCAUGCAUGGAGGGAAUUUGAUGCAACUUGGCACAAAAUGUUUACCACCAUGAGGCACCCUUGUUUUUAGAGUUAUGUCAAUGUGUUUUACUAUAAAUUGAUUAUAUUGUAACUUUUUUAUUACUGGCCGUAGGGAAUAGCGAAAGCACUUUUCUGUGGUAAACAUGCAUGUUAUAUCCAAUUUUUAGGUGUAUUUUGACCUAUCUCUACCUGGUAAAGAGUUUCUUGUGGAUUUACGUUAUAUAGAUUUUUUUUUAGGAUUAAUUUCCCUUUGUUGUAACUAUAAAUAACUUAUAUGAUAACUUUUUUUAUAAUCGGCCAAUAAAAUAAUCAAUAUGAAAACAAGUGUAGGUUUUUAUAUAUGCAAAUUUUAAUCCAAGUGAUUGCAUAAUUAUAUAGUGCAAUAUUGUUUAUACAUCAUUGACAGAUAUCAGUUCAUUAUGUUAUAAUGCAGCAGAGAAAGUUAGGUGCCUUCCAGUAGGGGACUUUGUAUUGCAUGGCAAUACUUCAUUCACUUGUUUAAUUAACUUGUAUCUGACUGAUACAUCUGGAAAAGUGCUUGGUUAAAGAGUGUCAGCUGUGUAUGUUUUGACUUGCUUGAACAAUUGUUACAAAACUUUACACAACAAAAUGAAUGAUUAUUAUUAUGAGAAAAAAUGCAAGAAGCAACUUCCAGUCAUUUCAGUUGAAGGUCAAGGUUGUGUGUUGAAAUUAAAAUUGAAAAAUACCCGCCCGCUUAGCUCAGUAGGUAAGAGUGUUGGUCUACGGAUCAUGAGGUCGUGAGUUCGAUCCUCGGGCGGGGCGUAUGUUCUCCGUGACUAUUUGAUAAACGACAUUGUGUCUGCAAUCAUUAGUCCUCCACCUCUGAUUCAUAUGGGGAAGUUGGCAGUUACUUGCGGGGAACAGGUUUGUACUGGUACAGAAUCCAGGAACACUGGUUAGGUUAACUGCCCGCCGUUACAUGACUGAAAUACUGUUGAAAAAUGGCGUUAAACCCAAAACAAACAAACAAUUAAAAUUGAAAAGACAGUGUUUUAUGUCUUCAGUAUGUCCUUUAACUCUUUUUCAAAGAGGAUUUUCAAAAAUCUUUGAUCAACCAUUUCCAGAAUGACAUGACCUGCAGAAGCAGGCUGAGGUAAAGGUCGUACAAUGAGAUCGAAGAGAAGAAGCCAGUAUUUCCUGACUGCUUCAUAUCUUUCUUUUCUUCUGCUUGGAGGAUUUCCAAAUUACAAAUGUUUCUCUUGUGAGAUGGUCAGCUCCAGACAACUUUACCAUGUCAGGUCAAGGUCUUAGCUCCAGACAACUCUACCAUGUCGGGUCAAGACAUACAGAUUAUUCCUUUUGUUCCAUGUUGGAACUAUUAUAUUGGAACUAUAAAUUGGGGUGGGGGGGGGGGGAUUUUGGCUUAAAGCUAAAUAUCAGGUUGUUGUUGGUUUAAUUGUUUCCCUUACUAGUCAUUUACACUAAUAGCUGUUGAUGCAGAUAUUUCCUAGGUUUCUGUUAAGGGGAUAUUUAACUAUGAAUAAUUGUCACAGUGUGACCACCUUUUAACCAGUGAAAAUUCUAGAGGUAAAACAAAUGAGCCGCACCAUGAGAAAA